GACUUCGGAUUCUCGGUCUUAUAGAUCCUUUCGCCGUUAUGCAACCAAUCAGGCGCUUGCUCUCUCCCAGAUCAUUUCCUCAGCCAACCCACUAGACAACUAAAAUGGACACCUUUAAGCCAACAAUGCGCAACUCUGAAAAAUCAAAUUGGCCCUCGACAUCCUAUCCAGAAACAUGGAGCAAGAUACCAAACCAGAAGUUGUCGACGACAACCUUAUCGAUUUCGAUGGCCCAGACGAUCCAUACCUACCUCUCAACUGGCCCUUCCGUCACAAGGUAGUCGUCACACUCCUUUAUAGCCUCUGCACCAUGGGAACGACUUGGGCGAGCACAGUCUACAAUUCCGGGCUCUCGCAAGUGCAAGAGCAAUUUCAUGUUGGCAAUGAGGUUGCACUCCUGGGCAUGGCGCUCUAUCUCGCUGGCAAUGCCUUCGGACCCCUCCUCUGGGCGCCUAUGUCCGAGGCCUACGGCCGCAAACUUUCUGUCUUGAUACCCAUCUUCGGCCUAAUGGUCUUCUCAUUUGCCUCUGCUGUCGCCAAAGACCUUCAAACAUUACUCAUAGCGCGCUUCUUCGGCGGAGUUUUUGGAGGUGCACCGCUCAGUAACGUCGGAGGCGUAUUGGCGGAUAUCUGGCCGCCAACUCAAAGAGGUGCAGCGCUUCUCUUCUGGGGCAUGGCUGUCAUCGUAGGCCCACUCCUAGCUCCCAUUGUCGGUGGGGCCCUGGUUAUCGCCCUACCUCACACAGGUUGGAGGUGGACGGGAUAUCUUACCGGGACUAUGCUCGCGGCUAUCCUUGUCGCCAGUAUGCUGUGGAUUGACGAAAGCUUCCCUCCCGUCUUGCUUGCUCGGAAAGCCAACAAAAUCCGCCUGGAGACCAAGAACUGGGCCAUUCACUCCAAAAGUCAAGAAACGGGUACCUCUUUUAAAGAAAUGUCGCGAAAGUAUCUCAUCGUCCCCUUCGAGAUGCUCAUCGAUCCCAUUGCCUUUUUCAUCAAUUUAUAUGCUGCGUUUUGUUAUGCUAUCGUUUACUUGGCCGUCAUCGCCUUCCCAAUCGAGUUUCAAGCGGUUCGUCGCUGGAACGAAGUGGUUGGUUCUCUUCCAUUUCUCGCCAUGACCGCUGGGGUCCUAAUCGCUGCCUGUAUCAACUUUUGGGGCCAGCUUUACUACCGGAAGCGCUUUAUCGCCAAUGGCAACAAACUUGUCCCCGAAGCUCGCCUAAUGCCAAUGAUUAUUGGGUCUUUCUUUUUUCCCGCUGGCCUCUUCAUCAUGGGCUGGACUGCGAAGAAAGACAUCCACUGGAUAGGUUUCUCCAUAGGCGGUGCGUGCGUUGGCUUUGGCUUCUUCACCAUCUUCCAAAGCGCUAUUAGUUAUCUUGUCGAUACCUACCUCAUGCUAGCGGCAAGUGCGCUUGCUGCGAACAUGUUCAUGCGUAGUAUACUCGCUGCAGCAUUUCCCUUGUUUGCGAAAGCCUUGUUCGAUAAACUAGGCUUAGAUUGGGGCAUGAGUUUGCUGGGCUUCAUUGCAGUAGCCAUGAUUCCGAUUCCCUUCUUGUUCUACAUCUUUGGUAAGAGGAUUCGAGCAGUGGGAAAGCGAUCAAAACAGACUUUCAUUCCUUGAAUUAUCAUGUGCUUCUACCAUCAUCUAAGCCCAUUCUAAG